AGGACAUUGAGCAGAACUUGGAGUUCAUUGGCGAGGCCAAGAAGAAGAAGCGCUUGGAGGAAAUGUUGGUGGGCGCAGAGCCACCCAUCAUUGUCUUUGUCAAUCAGAAGAAGGCAGUGGACGUGCUGUCCAAGUCCUUAGACAACAAUGGCUACCGCGUUUGCUCCAUCCACGGCGGCAAGAGCCAGGAGCAGCGUGAGUGGGCCAUGAACUCCUUCAAGGAGGGAAGGUACGACAUCCUGGUGGCCACAGACGUGGCAGGUCGAGGUUUGGACAUCGAAGGAGUGCAGCGAGUCAUCAACUUCGACAUGCCCAAGACCAUCGAGGACUAUACGCACCGCAUUGGACGAACGGGCCGAGCUGGCCUCAAGGGCUUGGCCAUUUCGUUCGUUACUCCAGAGGACUCGGAGAUGUUCUACGACCUGACCAACUUCUUGAAGAGUUCCAACCAAGUCAUACCGCCCGAGCUUGCUUCCCACCCUGCCUCCAAGUUCAAGCCAGGCACUGUCAACGAACAUGGACAGGUCAUGGGCCGCAAGCUAGUGGACCAAGUGGUCUUCGCCAAGAAGUGAGCGACAGUGUUUGCACAUUUCGUCUCAAAUACAUGUGUCUUCUGAGUCAAAGGUUCUUGUUGGCACCGGCAUGCGAGGCUUUGUCACGUUUGUCACGUUUCAUCGGUGUGAAUGUCGUGAAUUUCUGACGAAUGUCGUGAAUCCCGUGUGCAACUAUGACGUCUCACAAGAAGAGCCUCCACGCUCUCAACAGUCGCUCUCAAAACGGAGUGUCUCGCUGUCUCACCACAUUUUUGCAGAUUUUGGAUGCUUAGUCCAACCUAAUGCUACUAGGGGCUCCUGGCAUCGCUACUAGGAACAAGAAGCUACUAGGGGCUCCUGGCAUCGCUACUAGGAACAAGAAGCUACUAGGGGCUCCUGGCAUCGCUACUAGGAGCAAAGACGCUACUAGG